GGCGGGGCAAAAAGGGGGCACAAGCAGAGCGUCUCCGGUGACUAUAAAGCCUCACCGGUGACCACCUAGGCUCGUGUCUCUAACUGCAGUUAACCCAAGAGUUUCGUACGUGGCUUUUCGGAAGGUCCGAGUGUGUCUCGCACGCAGUGGGACUGUUCGCUGCCACGCAAGUGCGCACCGAUUCGCCGGUAACAGGGAGAAUUCGAGGAGUCGCCGUCUGACUUUCGGAAUACGUCAAUCAAAAACCAUCAUGAACACCCUCAUAUUGCUGCUCGGCCUGACGACGAUGGCGUACGCACAGCUCGGCAGGUUCACGACUCAAUCGUAUCAACCGGAGCAAUAUUACAAUCCCAAUUACAAUCCCAAUUACCAGGGCCGGCCUUUCUACGCCAUACUGCGACAAACGCAAGACUCCUCGCCGGACGGAUCGUAUUCUUACAGCUACGACACGGCAAAUGGCAUCUCCGUAGCGGAGACCGGGCAACCGAAGAAUAUUGGGCCGAACCAGAUCGAGGCGGUCAGGGGUCAAUACAGUUACACGGCACCGGACGGCACACCGAUCCUGGUCACUUACACAGCCGAUGAAAAUGGUUUUGUGGCGACCGGCGCGCACCUGCCGACACCGCCGCCGAUACCGGUAGAGAUACAACGUGCCUUGGCGCACAAUGCAGCUCAUCCCGAAGAGGAGGAGCCCUACAGGAGAUAUUAGACAUGUCUACGCUAGAAUUGCUCCCAACGCUUCGAUAUAUCGACGUGGAACGAUGUCGCAGUCACCGCUUAUCGACGAUAAACCUCACAUAAGGCUCUGAGUAAAAUGGCUGUCUUGUACUCUACGGACAAUGUUCUAUGUUUUCAAUCUUUGUACAAUCACUGUCUUGUGUCAAGAGUACAGGACAGCCAUCCUGUUCAGGCCUCUUACUCGUAUCGUUAUCCAUGAAAGAUUCUUUCGAAGCGGGUUCGAACUUGGCUAUUAAUUCCGGGAUAAACGUUAAAGCGGACACGUUACGCGCUCCUCACUUUUGGAAAUUGUAUUUACUAAUUACAUAGUGACUCCAUGAUUGUUAUAUCAGUGAUCAGCUUGUCGAGCAAUACUAGCGUUUACUUUAUCCGUGCAAGGCGGGGCACGAUUAGGCGAGACGACGGAACGUGAGAUCGAUGAGUACAAAGUGAGAAUAAAGGAGCGGAAGAAGGAAAUCUUUCUUCAUUCUUUGGUAGACGUAGAAGGUAUUUUAAUAAAUUAAUAAUUUAUUUCUUUUUACUCUUAAAUCACGAAAUUCCGAUCCAAAGAAUGUGACUACGAGCAGAAAAGGAAAACAUUUUUACGCGGUUUUGGAAUGUUUCGGUUUUUUGUUUUUCAGAAACUCACGUUCUCCAUUUGAAGUGCAUCAAUGCAACGGGGAUUGCUAUUGAAGCACAGCUUGUUUUGCGUUAAUAUCUUAAGAAAUCGCGACGGUGCGACACGAGAAGCUGUAAAAUCAUUCUGGAGGUGUAAUUUAUGCAUACGGCCGAUAAUACGACUGCCAUCAAGGCUCGAGGUAAAAUAAAAUGUUGGACAGAAUUAUUGUAUAUUGCAUGCGCUACGCGCAGCAUGCUAUGAAGUUCAGCAUUAUUAUAUAAGACGACACGAUAAUAUCUUAAAUAUGAAUUACGCAAGACCGCCUUGCCUUACUCGAGGGAGAUCAAUAUAUUACGGGAGUUUAUGCCAAGCGGUGCAAUUUGCGGAUCGAAUCAUUCCUUUAUCUUUGUAACGAUGAGACCUGCAAACUUAUAACAGACUUGUGAAAAAGUUAAUAUUAUGCCGCAUAAUUAUUGCGCGCUGCAAUCAACUGGAAUUCGUACUCGUCCUUGAGGAUUUCGCUCGUCGCCUGAACGUGCCUUAGACCCUGAACAGUAUAAGCUACUUAAAAAGGCGAACAUAAAGGAAGCCCUACGUGUAUAUUAAAGCAGCAAACGUCAUGUACAUCGUGGCGUUUGAAAGCUAAUUUGUCGGUAUGAAAUUUUCCGGUGAAACAAUAAUCUCCCCCGGCGCAACAAAUUUAAGGAGAAUUCUGCGAUUCUAUUAGAAUUCUGUUAUACUGUUCAGGGCUAGCCGACUAAUCAACGACAUUCCGCGGAGGACUUGCCGAAUACGAAGUGUAACGCUUCGCUUUAUUUUGAUCCUAACACGAAGAGAUUACAUGCCAACUGUACGCGAUCGAGAUCCUGCGUAUCCUGCGAGCUACGAUCCCUCGCGAGCGUCUCGCUCCUCCACAUUCUCCGCUUGGCGAGAAGUGGCGGAGUCGAUGGGAGGGAACAGAAUCGCGGUGUAGGUGCCCGAUGCGACAAUAUGUCAUAUCAUAAUUGUGCUGUAAUGUAUCACGCUAUGGCUAUUAAAUCGUUUAAUUACGCAUGCUC